GCGGUGGCACAGCUCUGGGGUGGCCAUGCUGGAUCCCCAGGCGCUCCCCAGCCCCAGCGCGGCUCUGCCAGGCAGAGCAGAGCGGCUGCACGUGGAGGCCACUCACGCCGUCACCGGGAAUCCCACGCUGCCUCCUUUCCCCCCUGAGAUGCAGAUGGCGAUUUUUGGCAUGGGUUGCUUCUGGGGAGUGGAGCGGCUCUUCUGGGAGAUGCCGGGGGUCUUCUCUACCCAGGUGGGAUAUGCGGGGGGCUUCACCCCCAAUCCCACCUAUGAGGAAGUGCGCUCAGGGCAGACAGGGCACGCUGAGGUGGUGCGGGUGGUGUUCAACCCCAACAAGAUCAGCUACGAGGAACUGCUGAAGGCUUUCUGGGAGAACCACGACCCCACACAGGGUAUGGGAGAGGGA